GGCACAUUUGUCAUCUCAAAGCUACGCCUAGAGUCGAAGAUCGUGAUUGUAUUUUGAAUCUAGAAAUACAAUACAAUUCACUCUAAUAAAGUUAUUUGUUUGUAAUUUUUAAUCAAGAUAGCGAUAAUGUUGUUGACAUUAAAACCAGAUCAUAAAAAACAUGUUUUGCUUCUUACAGAUCAUGCACCUCAAGUUCUACAGGAUUUUUGUAAAUUGGCCUUGGAUUAUCUACAAAAGGGACCAAAUAUUAAAUUAUAUAAUGCAGCUGCCCAGAAAUUGGAAGUUGAAGUGAAUGUAAUUAAAAAUUCAGUGGAAGGACUUGUUAAUUUAUUAUUAGAAAGUUGUAGAUAUAAAUUAAGCCCUGAGGACUUCAGAGAUUCUGUAAUUGCUUUGGGAUUUUCAGAGGAUCAAGAAACAAUUUUAAGCAAACUAUACAAUGUUAAAAGAGAUGAAAUAUCAGGUAUACUCACAAAUAUUGGAUUUAAAUUGCCUGAGUAUCAUGAUAUGGAAUGGAGAUUUGAAGUUCAGCUCGCAUCAAGAUCAUUAUUAAAGCAAGUAGCACCUCUAAUAACAGUGGAUUUAUCCAUUAAGAAUUCAGACAAAGAUGACAGUAUCGAGCAUGUGUUGCUUCAAACAGAUCCCAAUAAUUUGUUACAUAUUACGCAAGAGUUAGAAGAGGCUCUUCGAGAAGGACGUAGUCAACAUAUUCGAAGACUUUCAAGACUAACUGCAUUAACGGAUAUUUACAAUGGAACUACCCCUUUAUCGAUGGGAGUUUUACCUUCACCAAAUUUUACCCUAACAACCACUCUCGGACCACAGUUUGCAAGACAGAUAAUGCGGUUCAGUAAUCAAACAGUCGUUAGUAAAAUACCUGACGAAAUGAUUCACUUAAUCGACGCAUAUUGGUACCAAUUUCCGCCAUUAAAUCCAAUAUGGCAUAAAAUUUUAGGCCUAGUUAUGAUCUUAUUGGGGAUUAUAGGGUGGAGUGGUAAUGCUGUAGUUGUUUAUGUAUUUCUAUUGACGCCGUCCUUAAGAACACCUAGCAAUAUACUUGUAGUAAAUUUGGCUUUUUCCGAUUUCAUUAUGAUGGGUUUUAUGUGCCCUCCUAUGGUGAUCUGUUGUUUCUAUGAAACAUGGAUUCUCGGAAACUUAAUGUGCGACAUUUAUGCAAUGGUUGGUUCAUUAUGCGGAUGUGCAUCUAUUUGGACAAUGACAGCUAUUGCUCUAGACAGAUAUAACGUUAUAGUGAAGGGUAUGUCUGGAACCCCUCUUACUAUAAAAAAAGCGGUACUCCAGGUAUUUUUUAUAUGGACAUUUGGUCUACUAUGGGCGAUUUUACCUAUGGUGGGGUGGAAUAGGUAUGUCCCAGAGGGUAAUUUGACUGCCUGCGGAACAGACUACCUCACGUUAGAAUGGUCCUCGAAGUCGUACAUAUUAGUUUACUCGAUGUUUGUCUACUAUACACCGUUGUUCACUAUUAUAUACAGCUACUACUUUAUCGUAGCGGCUGUAGCGGCACACGAGAAAGGAAUGAGAGAGCAAGCAAAGAAGAUGAACGUUGCAUCUCUAAGAUCCGGAGACCAAUCGGGUCCCAGUGCUGAAGCAAAAUUGGCAAAGGUAGCGUUGAUAACAAUUUCGUUAUGGUUUAUGGCAUGGACACCCUAUCUCGUUAUCAACUAUAUUGGAAUAUUCAAUCGCAACUUGAUCUCACCACUGUUUACUAUAUGGGGAUCUCUGUUUGCGAAAGCAAAUGCGAUAUACAACCCAAUCGUUUAUGGAAUCAGCCAUCCAAAGUACAGAGCGGCGUUGAAAGAGAAGUUACCAUUCUUUGUAUGUGGAAAAACCGAAGAACUCAAUCCUGCUGCUGGAGCCGACAGUAAGUCGGAGGUUUCAAAAACUUAAAACAGUCGGGGACUGUAUUCUCGUGUACAGAUAUCCGCACUUCUAAACUAAACGUAAUCGCUACGAUUGCAAGAAAAGAAGAAUACAUUGUCCGUUGCUUGCAUAAUUUAUUCGCAUUUAUAUUUAUAAAAUUAAGGUACAGAUACGACGCUCUCAUUGUAUCUCACGUUAGUGUGAUACGUGCUUACUAAACUAGUAAACAUAGAGCUGGCGCCAGUUAUACCAAAGUGACCAUGUAUAUUGCUGCGGAAUAAAUUUUACAAAAUUAAAA